AAAGCAUCAUGCGUCUAAUCUCCUUUGAGAUUCCGCUGAACUGUAACGUAAGAUUUAGUUUUAUUCGAAAAAAAUAGAUGUUUUCUGAUGGACGUUUAAAUUAUUUGACGGCACGGGCACGUUGAUACAUUGUUUCUCUGUAUGACUGUUGCUUCCGAACAUCAUUCGACGUUAUCGUUAGAUUGUAUCGGUGUUGACAAGAUAAUGCUGUAGUUUGCGUUUAUCAUGGCUAAAGUGCAACUAACCUCGUCCCCAGGCUAUUGCGCAUAUAAAGCGGAAGUGUCUGGAAACGAGAUUACAGCGCAAACUGGGGGUAUUUCCAAGAUUCUUUACAUUAGGCAUAUUACAAUUACAAUUGUAACCACAUUUCAACGUCAAGACUCAAGAGAAUGUUUUCUUGAACAACCAGAAUAGCUUUGUAUGCUUUAGUGAGAAAAGGCGGUAUAAUCCUCUUUCUGCCAUUUUUUUUGUUCACAUUCUAAAGAAAACUGUUCUUAUAUAAACAAACUUGGCGAUGGUGAUUCCAAGAGGAUAACUUCAAUUUCAGGACAGCCACUGCCUUCAUCUGACACUUGCCUUCGUUGGACCGUGGACCCUAGUAAAUCUGACUGAACAACUUCAUAAUUUUGUUCUUCCAGCAGCCCUGUGUGAUACUGUCUACUGUGCACCUCUAUGACUGUGCUGGCAGCUGAUGGAAGAGAAGGCUCCCAUCAAGCCUGCCAUGGUGUCCAGACUGCCUAAGUUCGGUGUCCGCCCCGCCAGCCCCCUGCCCAAUGGAACCACCCAGCCCACCCCUCCACCCCAAGACGGCAAGACCACCCCCCCAGCAAGACCCAAUGGGGUGGUCCGCGCCUCCUCCUUCUCUCUAAAAUGGAGGAAAGACGGUGGUAGUACUCCGACCACCCCCACUAGCCCUGAAGGUGAUGCAUGCCCAAAGGAGGGAGGGGACAAGCCCAAGACUCAGCACUCCACAUGGGGGAAGGAGAUCAAGAAACCCUCCGCAUCCACCCCUAAGCAGGUCAGGAGGUCUGGUUCGUCUGUGUCCUCUACUUCCAGCCCCAGGGCCAUCCCCCGCCAACCAGAAAAAAACAGCCCCAAGGCAGGGCCCAGACAGGGGCAGAGCACCUCCCUCAGUGGAGGCUCCAAACUAGGCCAGAAUGGAGCUACUGAUUGUUCAGGACGGUCAGUCUCUGGGCUGGUGAGGCUGCGGGCCAGCUCCAGCUCCCCGCGCAGCAGCUCGAGAGAUAGCCUGUCCCAGUCAAGUGACAGCCUCAAGUCCCUCACUCUGGACAACAUGGUGCGCUCGCAGAGUUUCACCCACUUCAAGCAGAUCCCAUCCCCGACCAACUUGCCCAUGGCACGCUCCUUCUCCUUUAACCGGGCAGUGGAGCUGGCCAAGCCUCUGGCCAACACCCAGCUACAACCACCCAGGACCAACCACAUCAAACCCCACCAGCUGUCGAAUGGGAGGCUGGGCCUGGGGAUGGGCCUCAGCCUGGGGACAAGUCUGGGGGGGCUUCAGUAUCCUAGGAGCCUCUCUUCAGCCUGCUCCCCCUCCACAACCCCUAGUGGCCUGAAAAAGCCUCUUCUCCCGAACUGUGUUCUGAACAAGCCCUCUGCUCUGGGCUAUAGACUGACGCGGCCUGGGCAGGUCAAGCAGCAGAAACCCCUGUUUACAGGGAGGGUGAAGGGGGAGGUCAGGGCUGGAGGGGUGGGGGAAGGGGAUAGGGCAGAGUCGCCCCCCCUCACCCUCACCCCAGAUCCCCUCAGUGACAGUGACAGGACCUCAGGGGGGCAGCUCAGGGGGACAGGGGAGGGGCUAGAGGACAUGUCUCUCUCCUCAGCCUCAUCUCUCUCUCGAGGAGACACCAGCGAGGAGUUCUUGGAUGACUUUGAUAACCUGGCUGACGGGGAUGUCCCAGACAACAGGACGAGAGGUAGUAUUGCCACUCAGACCCGCCUGCGGAGCUUCCUGAAUGAGACCAUGGACUGGGAUGGGAUGGGCCUCUCAGGGCGGAAGGAGGAAGUGGGGGUGAGGACAGCCCUUGGCAUCCUGCCCCCAGAGAGGGGAGACUUCCUUCAGGGCUCGUCUCAGGAGCUGUCCCCCUCCAACAGCUCGGGGGGCACCUACAUGUGGGACGAGGAGGAUCUGGAGCCCCUCGGACCCAGGACGCACCCUUGUGAGAGCUAUGAUGACUCAGACCGCCUCAACAGCAUGGACAUUCUGAACAACCUGGAGCCAGCUGACCUGGAGGAUGACGACCUCAUGCUGGAUGUGGACCUCCCUGAGGAUGGCUCUCUACGAACACAGACAACAGUGGCUCCAGACGCUGAUGGGAUGGCCCAUUUUGACUGCUCAGAGAGGGUGGGACGAAAGGGUCACUGGAGGAGGAGGCAGCCUCGCUGGAAUGGACUAGACCACUUCCAUAAUGACAACAGGGGUCCAGUGUUCCAGCAGUAUGAUGGUUAUACUUGUCAUGGGGGGUUCAUGGUUGGCCCCCGUCCUCUUCCUCCUGUAGGGAGACAUGAUGGCUACUCGGGGGCGCUGGACGAGAUCACACUCAAACACAUGGCCCAGGACUGCAGCUCUGUGAAAAACAAGCUGCUCAAACUCAAGAGUUUAUUACAGAUGGAGGAUGGAGGCCCAGAGGUUGUGGAGGAGGGUGAGGAGGAUAACAGCACAACCUUACAGCUGGAGGAGCUAAUGAAGGAGGUACGGGAGCUCAGGGAGGAGCUGAGGAAUAAGGAGAGGACAAUCACACAGCUCACACUACAGCAACAGGCGCCUGCCCAUGAUGACCAGCCUGGGAGGUGUCACUGCCACCAGAGGGCACCGUCGCUCGGGGGAGAUAGACAGACGCACCACGACAAGGCCACACAGACCCCCUGGAGAGGACAAGGAAACAGCCAUGCUCCUCAAAUACUACAGCCUUCCAGCCCCAGCCACCACGAGCACCUCACCCAGGAAAGACUAGUAAAAACAGCCCUCACCGAGGGCCACAGUGACCCCCAGAGAAGGAGGAGCAGGGGAGAUGGGUCCCCUUGCACAGACUCUGAGCGCCCUACUAGAAGCCUGGCCAGGGGUGUCGACACUCCCCCAGUGCCCAACCCAGACGAGUUGAGUGUGCUGCUCAGCACCCAGCUUAACAUCCAUGACAGAGAGGGGCCUGGGACCACCCCCAGCCCUACGCAGGGGCUCCCUGCAUCCAGCAGCCCAGCAACAGGAGCGCUGUCCAGGCCAGUGGGGGGGCAGCAAGCCUCUCCAGAGGGCCCCGGCUGCCCUCGCGUCCUGCAGCGGCCUCGCCUCCACAAGCCUGUGUCUGUCCCAGCUCUGCCUCAGAGGUACGCUAAUGGCUCUCUUCUCCAAUCGGGCUCUGCAGGACUGCUGGCCAACAACAGGAUCAAGCAGCUGCCGCCUCCCUCCAGGGGCCUACCCUGCUUCAAUUCUGGUCCUCAGGCGGUGGGCCCCUCCCUGGGCCGCGGUGUGCUUGCACAGCCCCGCACGCUGGGGGUCAGGAGGGACCUCGGGAGCACCAGCCCUCCUAGCCCUAGUCUGGAAAUGCCAGACCUGGGACUGCUCAGAGCCAGAGUCCUGGUUCCCCCCAGCCUCUCACGCCUUCCCAAGCCAAAGAUCCAUUGAAGAGUUCACAUCAUCAAACAUGACAUGUUAUAUGCUGUAUAACAUCCCUCCUCUUCCACCUCCUCAUGGUUACUGCUCACCAUGUGCGCCCACAUCUGUGUGGACAUUCAGGAACUGCCCUUAACUAGUGUUUGAACUUCUGUUGAACUGAACGUAAUAAGUAGCAUGGUCCUGUCUUAAAAUGUACAAUCUGCAAAGGUACAUUGCACAUCUAUACAAAAUGGCUUCUACAAGUUAUGACUGAGAUACACGGAGGGACUGUUUCUGACUGACAAAUCUCCUUCAUAAAAUGUCCAAUCACUUACUUAGCAGCCUUUCAUUGCACAUUGUCAUAUACAGAAAAAUAAUUACUAACAUUCAUUGUUUCUCUUUGGUAAUCUCUCACGUGUGUUUUCUUUAAGAACGCCAAGACUAUACAGAAUGCUCCGAUCAACUCUACUCACACUCACAUGGGUCCUUCCUCUGGAACAGCAGAACAUGGUUUGACCACUGUCUUUCAUGACCUCAGCAAUGUUACAUUUCUCCCAGAGGGUAAGAAUAGAAUGACAGAAAAAAAGCAGAGGGGGGGGGCAGAAAUAAGGAGUGGAGCUUUCUGCUCAAACAGGGAAAUGGGUUGAAAGAAGAAUCAUUCAAAGAAAGAGGCUCAAACAUAAACACAAUUAUAACUCUCCUGAAUAAACCACAGUUCAUCUUGUAGUCCUAUUCCACCUGUAUGAGUAUGUAAGGUGAUGUGUGUCUGCGUGGAUGCUCCCCCUUUCCUCUGAGAUCAACCAGUGUUUAGUGUAUUUCGAGUUAGACUUUAGGGCUAAGGUCAGUUUGAGGAUUUGGGGGUUGUGUUUAUCUCCUCUUCAGAAUAGUGGGUAACGUUUGGAUGCAUCCAGACAUGGAGAGUGUGUUAAACAGUUUGUGACAGACUAUGGCAGCUUCCAUGAAUGUGGGCUAUGGCUGUAGGUUUAUGCCUCUGGCACUCUCUGUUUUACAGUACCCAUUAAUAACUGUACACAGUGUAGUUUCAAGUAAUUUAUUAUAGUUAGCUAGAUGGUCAACAGUGUCUUGUCUUUUCAUUUAGUAUAAAUCCGACAGACCGAGAGACACACACACACACUUCUAGAAAGUUCUCAUAGGGACAUUGAUCCAUCUGUCCCUUAUAGCAAGACAAGAUGGGUGCCAGUGUAGUCCUAGGGGACUGAUCUGAGCCCAGGUGAUGACAGGACUCAGACUGUGUGUGUGUGUGUGUGUGUGUGGACGUGUUUAACUAUUCUUGUGGGGACCAGAAGUCCCCACAAGAAUAGUAAAUUAACGAAAAU